AUGAGUUCCUGGAUGAACGAGGCCGCCGUGCAGAACCACAAUGGCAACGGCUUCCCGCACAUCAACAACCCGAAUGCGCCGCCCGUUGGCGUCGGUGUCGGCGGUAUGACAAUGGACCCGGCCGCGUUCAUGGCCGCGAAUCAGGCACAGUUCAAUCCCGUUGCCGGCAACCCGUACGCCAGCCCACAACAGUUGAUGGCGAUGCAGCAGCAGCAGCAACAAGGCGGCACCCCCAAUGGCGGGCCGAUGCGCAACGCGUCACCCUCCUUCCAGAACCCCAUGUAUCAGACCAACUCGGUCAUUCCAUCAAAACGGCCGCGUCCACGCGAGGACAGCAUGGCCGCGUCGCCGCGCCAGAACGCCGGCAUGCUACCGACGACGCGCGCCGAGACGCCGAACCAGUCGCAGUUCCCACAGCACGCCCAACAACCUGGCCAGCCUGGUGGUCAACCACACGGCACGCCGCAGCCGCCCUCCUAUCCCCAUCUCCCGCACAACGGCUCGGCCGACGCGACGCCGUCGCCCAUCAUGGCCAACCAGAUCCGCGCCGGCAGCGCCGUUCCCCAACGCGUCGCCACCACCUCACCCCACCCCUUCUCGCCCGCGACCCAGAGCUUUGCGCCGCAAGCAUCUCCUGCGCCCUCCGACCCUAACACGGCAUCGCAGCAGCAGCCGAGUCCCUACGGCCAGCCCGGUGCCGGCGGCAACUUCCCGCCCGGCCUCAACCCCAACUUCACCCCAACACCGCCACCCGGUCGUCCAUCACCCAACCCCCAACAAGCCGGCGGCCAGAUGAUGCCGCAGCACAUGGGCCAGAUGCCGCCGCAGAUGGGCCAGAUGGGGCCGAUGGGGCAGAUGGGGCAAAUGAACCCGCAGAUGAACCCGCAGAUGGCCGGCAUGGGACCCGGUGGUGCCAUGGGCCAGAUGAACCCAAUGGCCGCACAGAUGGGUCAGGUGCCAAAUGCCGCCAUGUUCACGCCGCAGAUGCAGCAGCAGCUGGCCCAGGCGCGGAACCCGCUCGAGCAGCAGAAGCUCAUGUACCAGAUGCAACUGCAGCGCCAGCUGCAGCAGGGCAACAUGCAAGGUGCCGCCGGACAGAUGCCGGGCCAGUCCAUCACGGCCCAGCAGCGCAGCAUGAUUGCGAGACAGCAGCAGCAGCAGCAAGCACAGCAGCAGCAACAGGCGCAACAAGCGCAACAACAGCAGCACCACCACCACCAGCAACAGCAGUCACCGCAGGGCCAGCAGCAACAACCGCCUCUGCCACCACAGCAAGGCGGUCCGAACGGACAGGCCCCGCUCGGCACACCCAAGACCGCACAAGGCCCCGGCGGUACGCCUGGCCAGCAGCCAAAUGGGCCCCAGCGGCCCAGUGACCAGUUCCUAUCGCAGCUGACGGUGUUCAUGCAACGGAUCAACAUGCCGCUGGACCCGAACCCGGUGGCAGGCGACCGGCCGAUACACCUAAUGCAAUUGUUCCAAACGGUACAGAAGUUUAGCGGCUACCGCAACGUCAUGCAGAACAACGGCUGGCCGCAAGUUUCAAACGCCCUCGGGUUCCCACCCGCGCAAAUACCCACCGUUGCCGGCCAGAUCAAGGCCAUCUACGAGCGCAACCUGCUCAAGUUUGAGGAGUUUGUGGUCACGCAGAGUCGGGCCAAGGCGAACGCACAGCACCAAGCCCAGAUGAAGGCCCAGCAGGGCUUUCCCCAGCAGCAGGGUGGUCCCGGAGGCCAGCAGCCGCCGCAACCAGGCCAGCAACAACCGCUGCAGCCGCCACCACCGCAACAACAGCCACAGGCCAUCCAACCGCCGACGCCCCAACAGCAGCAGCUGCAGCAGCCGCCACAACCGCUCGACCAGGGCGGCCCCGUCGGCAUGCCCAGCACCCCGAAAUCGGCGACCCGUCCCAACAAGCGCUCGGCAUCGGGCCAGCAGCCGGCCGCCCUUAAGCACGCGGCCUCCAAUGGCCAGAUGAACGGCUUUUCGACACCCCACCCUCCCAACCAACAGCCGCCGCCGCCCUCCUCGCGUAAGGGCAAGGGCAAAAACGCUCGCAACGCAUCCACACACGAAGAGUUCCCGCCGCCGUCCCCGGCCCAGGGCAUGCCUAUGGGUGGCCCGGGUAUGCGUGGCCCUCCCUUUAUGGACGGCCCCGGCCACCCUGCCAACGGCUUUGGUCCCAUGCCGGGCCAGUUCCCACCGGGACAGAUGCCGCCCGGCCACAUGCAGGGUGCCUUUAUGCCGGGUCACAUGCAAGGCCCGCCCUUUAGCGACUCGGACGAGUACAAGCCGUGCAGCCGUGACACGCAUACGUUUGGUGGCGUCGAUGUGCAUGCGCCGGCCAACGUGGUCACCGACAUCCUGCGGUUCCGUCCCGAAGUACCUGCGCCCAACGAGCUCGGCAACAUUGACGUCCACGCACUCACCAAGAGCAUCCAGUCGGGCAUCCACGGCGAGGUGCGGCUCGCUCUGGACACGCUGGCGACAGUCACGGUCACCAACAUGCCGGGGCUCGAAAUGGAUCUGGAAAAGUGCGACGACCUGCUCGAAACGCUGAUUGACUACGCCGACGAGCUCCUCGAGGUGCUUGCUGAGAACACCGUCGAGGUCUCGGACGAAAUUCUCAUCCCGCCCUACGAAGACAUUGCGCGCGCCUGUCAGAUUGAGCGGUUGUCGAUCCGCGACGAGCCUGAGGUGGGCUCAGAGGACGAAGAGAUGGACCGUGCUGUCGAGUACCUGCUGUGCAUUACGACCAUCUUCCGCAACCUGUCGUUCAACCCGCGCAAUCAGGCUGGCCUGGCCGACGAGUCGGCCGUCAAGUUCUUGUGCCAGUUUAUACGAUACGUCGGCACGCGCAACAUGCUACUGCGUACCCAGCUCAACAUGCUUGAUUUUAUGAAGGACAUCAUCACGCUCUUGUCCAACAUUAGCGGGUCGAUUGAGAUUCCCGACCAGCAGGAGGCGUUUUGCUUCCUGCAGUUCCUGCUCGCCUUCGCGCCCGCACCCCUGCCCAGCCUCGCCGACGAGCAUCUAUAUUUCCCCACCUACCACGCCACGCUGCAGCCGUACCUGCCCUCUGCUGUCGACGCCCUCGCCAAGCUGCUGGCCCGCGACGAGCCCAACCGCACCCACUUCCGCAACGUGUUCUCGGCCGACCCCAGCGGUGCCAUGCCCUACGAUUUGCUGACGCAAACGUUUGCCCUCGCCAUUUCGCCCAUCCCCGAGUACCUCCACCUGCGCGAGAUGCGCCCGCCGCACCUGCCGCCCGUCCAGGAAGUCCGCAAGCCCAUGCUCAUGCAAGGGCUGCUGGCCGCCGACAUUGUCGCGUCGCUCGCCCCCGGCUUUGAGACGGGCGUCACGCGCACUUGGCUGACGGCCCAGAACGGCUUCGUCCAGAACCUGCACCGCUCCGUGCGCGACCUGUGCCGCGACUAUGAAAUGGUCGAGCACCAGAUGCGCCACUACCGCACGCGCGAUCGGCUUGUCAAGGACGCAGAGAUUAUGUACAUUGUCGUCCUGGCCAUGUCCAUGCUGCGCAAGCUCAGCGAAAAGGCGAUUGACCCUGCGGACCCGGUUUCCAGCCUGCCGCCGUCGGUGCUGCCGUCCGAGCAAGGGCUGCUCGAGGCGCUGGAGAUGCUGAGCGGCGAGUGGAGCCGCGACGGCUUCCUGCACAACUUUGUGGCGUAUGCUUCUCUGGGGGAGAAGUAG